GGAGUUCAAUGUAGCUGCGCAAGCAAACGGCAAAAACACUCUAAACCUCAGUUCGGGUCUACUUCGACACGUCGAGACACACCUCGAGUGAUGUCAGACUCUGAAGGACGCCGCUCAUCUGUGUCCUCCAUCUCUUUGAUUGAGAUCAAGAGUGAGACUCAUUUAGUGCUCCAAGCUUUUCUACAUCGCUCCCUUUUGAUUCCUCUGAAAGAGAGGCCUGGGAGGGUAGGAGGGGCCUACAGUGAUCACCACAAGUACAGUUCCAACCCAAAACCAAAAACAAAGGAUGAGCGGAAUUCUCAGGUUGUCACUUCAGGAGAUGAAAAAAAGACUGGAUUCAAAGACCUCAUAAAGCAACUGCCACAUCGUAACAGCACACAACGUCCUGCCAAAGACCCUGAAGGCUCAUUGGGCAGGAAGAGCAAGACAAAACCAGCACACCUCAAAGACCAAAGCGAAGAUGACACCAUAUCCCCCUCUACAUCAGAAGAGGAUGAAAGUGAAAAGAAACCAAAGAAAAAGCUCAGCCAAAAAAACAUCAAACAGAAGCUCUCCAAGAUCUUCAGUUUAAGGUUACAGAAGGAUAAGGACAAACAGGAGCGUCCGUCUCAUCCGCAGCGACCUGACACAUUACCAAUUAACAAAAAACCGGAGCCUACACCAAAUGUCAUCUCUCCCAAUCACCCUCCUGAGUUCUACAGUGAUGUGGCAGAGAAGCUGGAAAAGAUUGCCCAUAAGUCUACCAGUAUAAAGAGAAAUAGUCCCAAAACACAGCCACCAACAGUAUGUGAUAAAGAAACAAUAGUGCAGGAACUUGUCAAGGUGCUCUCUUCGGAAGGAGAUUCUAUGAAUACUGUGAUCCAAUCGGACCCUUUUCUUCGCUCCAGUUUGACCCGUCUUUCAUAUGCAUCAUUUUCCAAACUCCUGGAUGCUGUGAGCAGCAGUCAUGUAGCUGAAACGCUUUCUCAGGAACCAACAGCCAGUCCUACACUGCAACGGAUGGCUGUCAGCAUGGAGGUAUCACGGCGAAUAGUGACAGCCACGGGAACUCAGCGGAUGCAAGGCUAUGCAGAGUGCUACAUGGAGAACUUUGCCCCAUGGCUGAAAAGCCAUGGAGGAUGGGUAAGUGAUUUCACUUUUGCAUUGACUGUGAUUUUGUUUUUUACAGAUGGGCCCUGGCUGUUAUGAACUCUAAUUUUUCCUCUGUAUAAUUAAUCAUACAGACUUUUUCUUCUG